UGGUUAACAAUACUGACACGUUGAAGCAAUCCAUGCCAACAUCCUAAUCUAUGGCUUCUAUUCAACUCCUUUUUACAUCUAUAUAUAUAAAAUUGACUCUUUUUACAUGGUAAUAACAAAUAAUCUUAAAUUCCCCAAAUUUAAGAACAAGAAUUGAUCACACCAAAAACCAAUGGCUAAAUCUCUACUCUCUUCCAAUUUUAUGGGUUCUUCUCAAAUCUUUCUUUCUCCACCAACACCCAAAACCUCAAAGUACUUCAAUUUCCACUCAAAAAGAAAGUGUAUAAUCACACAAUCAACACUCAACAAAAAACCCAACUCAGAUAAUUUCAAGAAUGCUCAAUCUAAAGCUGCUUUAGCUGCUUUACUGUUUUCUUCAAUAACCCCACAUGCCAUUGCUCUUGAUGAUGCAGCUCCAAUAGCCUCACCCCCACAAGUGAUGGAAGUUGAAGCACCAAACCCCAACACUUCAAAUCCAUUACCCUUUUCUCAAAAUCUAGUCUUGAAUGCUCCAAAGACUCAAGCUUCACCUGUUUCUGACCUUCCUGAAAGUACUCAAUGGAGGUAUAGUGAGUUCUUGAAUGCUGUGAAGAAGGGUAAAGUUGAGAGGGUAAGAUUUAGUAAAGAUGGAAGUGCCCUUCAGCUUACUGCUGUUGAUGGUCGUAGAGCUAAUGUUAUUGUCCCUAAUGACCCUGAUUUGAUUGAUAUUUUGGCUAUGAAUGGUGUUGAUAUAUCAGUUUCUGAAGGUGAAGGGGGGAAUGGGUUGUUUAGUGUUAUUGGGAAUUUGUUGUUUCCUUUUAUUGCUUUUGCUGGAUUGUUUUUCCUUUUUAGGAGGUCUCAGGGCGGGCCGGGCGGGCCUGGAGGGCUAGGCGGCCCGAUGGAUUUCGGUCGGUCUAAGUCUAAGUUUCAGGAGGUUCCUGAAACUGGAGUGACUUUUGCUGAUGUUGCUGGUGCUGAUCAGGCUAAAUUGGAGCUGCAAGAAGUGGUGGAUUUUUUAAAGAAUCCUGAUAAGUAUACUGCUUUAGGUGCUAAGAUACCAAAAGGGUGUCUUUUGGUCGGUCCACCAGGUACUGGGAAGACACUUUUAGCUAGAGCUGUAGCUGGUGAAGCUGGUGUGCCAUUUUUCUCUUGUGCAGCAUCAGAGUUUGUUGAGUUGUUUGUGGGUGUGGGAGCUUCUAGAGUUAGGGAUUUGUUUGAGAAGGCGAAGUCGAAAGCGCCUUGCAUUGUGUUUAUCGAUGAGAUUGAUGCUGUAGGAAGGCAGAGAGGUGCAGGACUUGGAGGUGGAAAUGAUGAGAGGGAGCAGACUAUUAAUCAGCUCUUGACUGAAAUGGAUGGGUUUUCUGGAAAUUCUGGUGUUAUUGUUUUGGCUGCAACUAAUAGGCCUGAUGUUCUUGAUUCUGCCUUGUUGAGACCUGGAAGGUUCGAUCGACAAGUGACCGUGGACAGGCCUGAUGUUGCUGGUAGAGUCAGGAUUCUUCAGGUACAUUCUAGAGGAAAGGCCCUUGCAAAGGAUGUGGACUUUGAUAAGAUUGCCAGGAGAACUCCAGGUUUCACUGGUGCAGAUUUACAAAACUUGAUGAACGAAGCAGCCAUCCUUGCAGCUAGGCGUGACCUAAAGGAAAUAAGUAAAGAUGAGAUAUCUGAUGCUCUGGAGAGGAUAAUUGCUGGUCCGGAGAAGAAAAACGCUGUUGUCUCAGAUGAGAAGAAGAAGCUGGUAGCUUAUCAUGAGGCUGGCCAUGCCUUGGUUGGUGCACUUAUGCCCGAGUAUGAUCCUGUUGCCAAGAUAUCUAUAAUUCCUCGUGGCCAAGCCGGUGGUCUCACCUUCUUUGCCCCCAGCGAAGAAAGACUUGAGUCAGGCCUGUACAGCAGGAGCUACCUAGAGAAUCAAAUGGCAGUUGCACUUGGUGGAAGGGUUGCUGAGGAGGUUAUUUUUGGAGAAGACAACGUAACCACUGGCGCAUCUAAUGAUUUCAUGCAAGUUUCACGAGUGGCGAGGCAGAUGGUUGAGAGAUUAGGUUUCAGCAAAAAGAUAGGCCAAGUUGCCAUCGGAGGAGGUGGAGGAAACCCUUUCCUAGGCCAACAGAUGUCAACCCAGAAGGACUACUCCAUGGCGACAGCCGAUGUAGUCGAUUCUGAAGUAAGGGAAUUGGUUGAAAAAGCAUACGAAAGAGCUAAACAAAUCAUCACAACUCACAUCGACAUCCUACACAAGCUUGCGCAGCUGCUGAUAGAGAAAGAAACUGUUGAUGGUGAAGAGUUCAUGAGCCUUUUCAUUGAUGGCAAGGCUGAGCUAUACAUUUCAUGAUUUCACCAAUAUAUGUUCCACCACUCUAUUUGUAUUAAUUAACAAAUAUACAUACAAAUGU